CAGCUGAAAUGGGGCUCUCUUUCGCUCGUUCAUCCCAUACAUGAAACGGCGAUAGCAGGAACGACAGCAGCCUGAAAGGAGGGCAGACAGCACACUCGCCAGCGCAAAGAAUGUGCGUCUCGGCUGGGGCCCGACGAGAGCUCGUGAUUUGCUGGACAUGGCAAGGGAUUCGAGAAGCCACCGCCAACGGCCACCAGGGGCUAUUCUGGUCACCCUGGUCUCGCAUUGGACACUUGCUGGCCCGGCUAGCAAUCCUCUUCACAGCCUCGAGGAGAGGGCCCUGAGAUUGGCUCAUCGGAAUGCACGAGCUGGCUGGCUGGAGGGAUGAUGCACCAGAAAGAGUUCGUCGUGUGAGUAGGGAGGCACAGGAUGGCGGGCAGCAAGCAGGUCCAGUUCGAGGUCCAGUUCUAGGUCCAGCUCAUCGUCCCACGCACAGUUGGCAUGGCACACCCUCUCUAUUUUCUUUUAUGCACCUGUUUAAAUCCUCUUCUCCUCCCGCACCCUCCAUUUGGUUUUCCAAAGUUUACUCAUGUUUCGGGUACUCAGGUUAUCGCGGAACCUUUUCCAUCGUUUCGGCUUUCUACAUGAAACGUCACGCCUCCUUGCAAUCCUCACAAAGAAUAGCUCUGCUUCCCUGCUCCUCUAUUUCAAGUCAUCGUUGCACUACAUAUAUUACUCUCGGUGCUAAUUCAUCCGUUUUCCCACUGCGAUCCUGCAAUUACGUCUUCAUACUGUUGAUUGUAGUACAACCAUCCCAAGAGCCACGAUAAUCCUCAAGCUCCGUCAACUAUAGAUCCCGGAGUAUUUCUCAGUGCGAUAAUCACAUUGCGCGCCGCCGAGAUCGUGCCUUUUG